AUGUCUUAUGACUAUGAGGACACAUAUGUACCGCAAUAUCGCGACUACUUACUGACUUUUCAAACGAGUGUCAACGCCGAAUCAGGUAGCCAGAAGAAUGACUUGAGCGUGAAGGGAAGCUCCUCAACGCAAAAACCCCCAAAGUACCGACUUGCGUGUGACAGCUGUCAGCAGUCCAAGAUCCGAUGUGAUCAGAAACGGCCGAAAUGUCGCAGAUGUGCGAAGAAAGGCAUAGAGUGUGUGUACAGCCCAGCAAGGCGUGCAGGACGACCACGCACUCGCAAUAACAGCAAACCCUCCCAGAGCACUGAUAAUAGUGCGCCCGCAAGCUCGAAGGGGGAUUCGGCACCUACGACAGAGUCUGACAUCACCACUUCAGCAUCGUUUUGGAUGGCGCCUGUCGCUCCGCACAGCAUGAUGUCCAACACAUCUGCCAUCCUCAGUAUGACGCCGACUAUUCAAGGGCCGGGCUCCGACAAUGCGGGUUUCUCUCCAAGUCAGUUGCUAGAUGAUAGCUUUCUACACGGCCUACCAGACCCCACCAGUUCACAUUACAAUACCUCCAAGGAAAUGGGAAAUUGUCAUUUUUCCAUGUCGCCCGAGUUCCACAUUGGUCCAGAGCCUCUCGAUACAGGUUUCUGUGGGGCAACAUGGGAACAACAGCAGCAGCAACAACUCUACAUUUCCACACCCAUACUUCUCGAUGAAGGGCUCCCAUACUGUGAGCUGCUUACUCCAGACAACCACGAACCACGCCAUCAUCCGGAUCAGCAACUUGAAGAACCGCUAAUCCCAGCCACAAGUAGCAGUAGUAUUGAAAGCUGUAGUUACGAAAUUUCUCUGCAACAAGAGACACAACUACAAUUUAUCCAUUCCUUGGAUCAUGGUACUCCAUCGAAAAUAUCAUGCAGCUGUACAUCCGCUCUCCUUGACCACCUAUCGCAUGCAUCACCUAUUUCAUAUCCUGCGUCGACUUCGGCCGGCCUCUCUACGUCUCGAAUACUCAUCACCAGCUGCCGCAACGCGAUGAGAUGCCCCAACGCAUGCUAUAUGCGGCCUUCGAUGGCGCUCAUCAUCUGCCAGGCCAUUGACAGGGCUCUCAUCGCGCUCAAACCGGACGGCAUCUCGAUGUGGACAUCGAUACUGGCGCCCAUACACAACUACGAAAGCGGGACUUCCUCAUCACCCCAAUCAUCUUCGUCAUGCAGUACAAGCGGUGGUAAGAGUAACAAUGACAUCAUGCUUCCACCAGCAGACGACGAGUGCGAGCCGCUGCGCUGCGGAACAUUGCCGAUCCGGGGUGCCGAUAGGCGAGUCAUGAUGCGGGUGCUGCUAAUGAAGCGGGUGCUCGAGGUGCAAGGGGUGCUCGAGCGACUGCGGGACAUGCUGCUGUCAGGGCUGCUAGUCAGCGAGGAUGCGACGAUGAAGAACCAGCUCCUAGCACUGUGUGAAAGUUUAGUAGGCGAGUGUGCGAGGAAAGUGGCGGAGAAAGUGGAGAUUAUAAAGCUACAGAUGUAG